AUGCAGCUCGCAGACACACAACAGCAGCAGCAAUACCAAAAGGUCGUCUACGGCUACGACCUCUCCGACCACGAAGACGUCGACUACCCCUCCAGUGACACCGCCGAGACCACCGCCGGCUCAGACCUCUCCCACGCCGCCCUCACCCCGGGACAAGCCAACCUAGAGCGUAUUUGGGCAUGGAACGCCACUGUCCCCUCCAAAACAAACACAUGUGUUCACACUCUCUUCUCACAAACCGCGGCCCGCCAGCCCUCCGCACAGGCCAUUGAUGCCUGGGACGGCUCCUUGAGCUACGAGCAACUGGAUGCUCUAACGGACCGCAUCGCCAAGCACCUUGUUCUUCUUGGUGUCAACCAAUCUACCCUCGUCCCGCUGUGCUUUGAAAAGUCUAAAUGGACACCUGUUGCCGCUCUGUCGGUGAUGAAGGCCGGCGGUGCCUGCGUGGGCAUGGACGUCUCGCAGCCACCGGAGCGUCUCCGAUCUAUUGUCAGCCAGCUUAAUGCCCAACUUAUCCUCACAUCCUCUUCGACGCACGACCUUGCGGGCAAGAUCGGCUCCGAAACGACGCAACGACUUACACUUGAUGAUGAAACUAUUGAUACGCUCUUCAGCGAUCCUCUUGAUGCACUGACCUUACCUGCUAUCAACCCCAACAGUCUGGUCUAUAUUGUCUUCACAUCCGGCAGUACAGGCACGCCCAAAGGUGUCAUGGUCACGCAUGCCAACAUGGCGAGUGCUAUUACCCACCAACAAGCCGCACAUCACUUUCAUCCCCAAUCGCGCGUAUACGAUUUCGCUUCGUACGCUUUCGACGUGGCGUGGUCCAACGUUAUUCACACUUUGACCGUUGGCGGUGUCUUGUGUAUCCCUUCAGAACAAGAACGCAAAAACGACCUAGCGGCAUCUCUUGCCCGCUACCACAUUACUUAUCUCGAUAUUACCCCGUCUCUGGCCCGUGUUCUGCCCGCAUCGGCCUUUAAGCAGCUUGAGACAGUCACACUGGGUGGUGAGGCCCUCCCAGCACAACACGCUCAAGUCUGGGCCUCCAUGGUAGACAACUUGAACAAUCCCUACGGUCCAUCUGAAUGCACACCCACAGCCACAAUUACACGGAUUGCCGCUGACGAACCCUUCAAGGGCAGCAUUGGUCGAGGUCUCGGCCUCAACACGUGGGUCGUUGACCCUGUAUCUGGCGAUACCCUCAUGCCUGUUGGCCAAACCGGCGAACUGUGGCUCGAAGGCCCUCUCGUGGGAGCCGGCUACUUUAAUGACAAAGAAAAGACACAAAAAGCAUUUAUACUCGAUCCGCCCUGGUUGCGAGCCGGAUGUGGCGAUGAGCAUCCCGGCAGAUCGGGCCGUCUGUUCCGGACGGGCGACUUGGUGCGGUACAACCAAGACGGCAGUCUAGGAUUCGUGGGACGAAAAGACGCUCAAGUCAAAAUCAACGGUCAGCGAGUUGAACUCGGCGAGAUUGAGCACCAGAUUUCCCUGGCACUCCCGCAGAACGUUGUGGCCGAUGUGGUGGCCGAGAUGGUUGAGCCUCAGCAGGGAGCCAGCCAGAGCAAGAUGCUCGUUGCCUUUCUCGAGUGCAAGUCGUUUGCAUCUCAAGACGAAGAAAUGUUCUUGGAGACUGCACACAAGACAGUCGAUGGACUGAGUGACAAGCUGCGCGACAAGUUGCCUGCGUACAUGGUCCCCUCGUCAUAUGUCCCUGUGCGGACGUUUCCCAUGACAGGCACGGGCAAGACAGAUCGCCGUGCCCUUCGACAAAUGGCAGAGGCCAUGUCUCGACAAGAUCUGGCGAGAUUCAAUGCCGCGCAGCAAUCGGAACUGCGUGCACCAACGACAGACACGGAGGUGUUGAUGCAUGCGCUGUGGGCGGCGGUUCUCGCCAUUGACGAGGAUACCUUUGGCCUGGACGACCACUUUUUGCAUCUUGGUGGCGACUCGAUUGCCGCCAUGAAACUUGUUGCUGCGGCGCGCGAGUUUGGAAUUGUCAUGACGGUGGCGCAAAUCUUUGGUAACCCGCGUCUUGAGAGUCUUUGUUCCAUUGUGACGCUUGUAGGCGAUGCGGGUGUCGAGUGUCCGCCAUUUAGCCUCUUGAGCCGCACCGAUGCUGAGCAAGUGAAACUAGAUGUAGCUAGGACACUUGGUGUAUCGCCUGGUCUUGUAGAGGACGUGUUUCCGUGCACACCACUACAAGAAGGCCUCCUGUCCAUGACCGAGCAGGCUGGCGAAGGCGGUGACUAUGUCGUCUCCUACCCGCUGCAGCUGCACUCAAGCAUUGAUAUUGGCAGAUUGACUGUUGCUUGGGACAAGGUCGUUGCCAACAAUCCCAUUCUGCGCACUCGCGUUGUCGAUCUUACCGGCGAGGGUCUCGUGCAGGUUGUUGUCGAUGAGGUGCCCGAGCUGGUAAUGACUACAGGCUCCGUCACCAGCAUCCGCAAGAGCACCAAGAUUGGUCUAGGGUCACCACUGGCACACUUUACACUUGUUCGCAACCGCUCCGAAGAUCCUGUCACGUUUCUCUGGACAAUGCACCAUGCCGUGUACGAUGGAUGGACAGUACGCCUACUCGUGGACCAAGUAUACCGCGCCUACAUGGGCCAUGAGCUACCUGCGGUGCCCGCUUUCCAGAACUUCCUUGGCCAUAUUGGCGGUAUUAACCCCGAAGAGGCAAAGGACUUUUGGACGCAGCAAUUCCAAGAUCUCGAUGCGCCCGUGUUCCCGCGCCUCCCUACCGCCACUUACACGCCCAAGCAGGACACACUGUAUGAACACACCAUCAACGAUAUCCAGUGGCCCAAGAACGGUGUCACUGCGUCGACUACGAUCAGAGCGGCACUGGCUCUGCUGCUGGCCGACUACAGUGCCUCUGACGAUGUCUUGUUCGGUGUCACUGUUAGUGGCCGACAAGCUGCCGUCGCAGGCGUGGACCAGAUGACUGGACCAACCAUUGCCACUAUCCCUGUGAGAGUUGCUCUUGGUACUCAUCGCAACAGCAGUGUGGCAGACUUCUUAGCAGCAGUGCAAGACCAGGCCAUUGCUGCAACCGACUAUGAACAGCUUGGUCUGCAGACCAUCCGCAAGAUGAGCGCCGCCGCAGACCGAGCGUGUCAAUUCCAGACACUCCUCGUGGUCCAGCCCAAGGAAGAAGAUGAUAUGCUUGAAGAGAGCGUCUUUUACCGCGCCGGCGAAAUCAUGGACUUAACGGACAAGGAAAGCUUUGCGGAGUUGAGCAGCAAUGCGUUGGUAAUGGAGUGCCACUUUACAUCAAACAGCCUCAAGAUGCAGCUGAGCCACGACUCCAAGGCUAUUUCUGCACCACAGGUUGUUCGCUUGGCAGAACAGCUGCAAAGUGUGCUUCAGCAGCUGUGUCUACUCCAAGACGCCACUGUAUCUGAUAUCGAGACACUCUCAGCGCAAGAUCUCCAGGCCAUCUGGGGAUGGAAUGCACAGGUUCCCCAGACUCACAAUGUCUGCGUUCACGACAUCUUUACCCAGACUGCCUUGAAGUAUUCGUCCAAGACGGCAAUUGAGGCAUGGGACGGCAACCUGACCUACAAGCAACUUGACACGCUCUCUACACAACUUGCCCACCAACUCUCCGCCUACAACAUUGCAGGAUCCGUUGUCCCGCUAUGCUUUACCAAGUCCAAGUGGACACCCGUGGCUGUCUGGGCCGUGAUGAAGGCUGGUGCAGCUUCUGUGACGCUCGAUACAAGCCAGCCCGAGGAGCGUCUUCAGACAAUUGUUCAGCAGGUUGAGCCCGUCUUGAUGCUCGCUUCGUCCAUCACAUCCUCUCUUGCGAAGAGCGUCUCGCCUGUCCCUGUUCACAUCAUCGACACUCAGACUUACACUGCUAAGGAUUUACCUCCUCUACCUGCUGUAGAUCCUUCAUCUCGCCUCUACAUCGUCUUCACCUCAGGCAGUACCGGUACACCCAAAGGCGUCACCAUCACCCACGCCAACUUUAGCAGCGCCAUUCUGCACCAGCAAUCUCAGCACCGCUUUAAGCCAACGUCGCGCGUCUACGACUUUGCUUCAUACGCCUUUGACGUCAGCUGGUCCAACAUCCUGCACACGCUAACUAUUGGUGCCUGUCUCUGCAUUCCCGCCGAUGAAGCCCGCAAGGACGACCUCGCCGGGUCCAUCCUAUCCUUCCAGUCAACUCAUGCCGACUUGACGCCAUCGGCUGCCGCCAUUCUACCUGAGCACGUCAUGAAGACACUCGACACCAUUGUCCUUGGUGGUGAAAAGGUUCCCGAAGCCGCUACAUCAUGGGCCAAGCUCGUUGAUGUCAUCAACCCAUACGGGCCUAGUGAAUGCACACCCACAGCUACUCUCACUGCUAUUCAGCCAGGUGGUGACUUUACCGGUAGUAUUGGCCGCGGUCUCGGUCUUAAUACAUGGGUCGUCAGCACACAAAAAGACGCUCUGGUUCCUGUCGGUGCUGUGGGUGAGCUCUGGCUCGAAGGUCCGCUUGUAGGCGCCGGAUACAUUGGCGACGCAGCCAAGACGGCUGCUGCAUUUGUCGAGAACCCCAAAUGGCUUGCGUCUCGCCGUACUGGCCGCCUCUACAAAACUGGUGACUUGGUGCGCUACAGUGAUGAUGGCGAGCUCAUCUUCCUGGGUCGCAAGGAUGCUCAGGUUAAGAUUAACGGCCAGCGCGUGGAGUUGAGCGAGAUUGAAAGCCACAUGGAACGACAUGAGAGUGUGCGCCGCGCUGCUUGUGUGAUUCCUAAGAGCGGUCCUUGUGCUGGUCGAUUGACUGCCGUUGUGAGCUUCAAUGACCAAUCUUCAGCGGCAGCUUUUGAGUUUAUCACUCCAAGCGCGGAGACUACGAAGCAGGUAGAGGCUGUUGAGGCGGCUGUUGAAGCUACAUUGCCUGCGUACAUGGUACCCGCUGUUUGGAUCCCAGCCACUACCAUUCCGCUUAAUGUCUCCGGUAAACUCAACUACCGAGAGUUGCUCGAGCGCUUAGAGACUAUCGACAAGUCCUAUGUCUCUCGCCAUGUCGUGGACGUCUCGGGCCCAGCUCGCCAGCCAACAAGUGAAGCUGAAGCACUGCUGCGUCAAGUCUGCAGCGCUGUUCUCAACAUUGCUGAGGAUGCCGUCCACCUGGACCAGUCCUUUAUUGCCAAUGGUGGUGAUUCCAUCUCGGCCAUGCGCCUAGCCUCUCAGUGCCGUGCGGCGGGCGGCGUCACGGUGUCUGUUGGCCAGCUUCUCAAGAGCAAGUCGCUUGCGGCAUUUGCGUUGACUUUGAAAAAGGCCGAUGAGGCCGAGUCCCGCGAUGUUGUGUUGUUCAAUGUGCCGUUCAACUUGUCGCCCAUCCAGCACUGGUACUUUGAGCAGAUGCGCGGCGUCACUGCUGACAAGAAGGACAUCUACUGCAACCAGGGCUGCUACUUGAAGCUCAACAAGCCGUACAGCGUGGAAGAACUGCAGAAUGCCAUUUACGCAGUAGUCGAAGCCCACCCUAUGCUUCGCGCUACCUUUUCACAGAUGGAUGCUACUUGGAUGCAGACUAUCCCGCCAUUUGACAAGAAUGAUGUCCAAGUGGCUGUCUCUACUGCAUCAUCACAGGAUGAAGUUGCUCUUCUUGCUACCCAGCGCCAUCAGUCCCUUGAUGCCUUCAAUGGCUCCGUCUUUGCUGCUGAUAUCGUCACCCUUGCCUCUGGUGAAGUCCAGCUCGUCAUGGUCGCGCACCAUCUUGUCAUGGAUCUCGUCUCGUGGCGCAUCAUCAGUGACGAUCUGGAGGCGGCUCUCUCCAAAACACCGCUCCAGACUGGCCUUUCCUUCCAGACAUGGACCAAGAAGCAGACCGAGCACGCUGCCACAUUGUCUCCCGCCAGAGUGCUUUCUUCUACCCGCACUGCUGUAUCCAACAAUCUCGAGUUUUGGAGAUUCACAGAGGCUAAUUCCAAUGCUGUAGUUGAUCAGCACCGCCGCGUCAUCCAUGUUGGCGCCGAGACCACCGCGCUUGUUCUAGGCGAUGCCAAUGCUCGCUUUAACACGGAGCCAGUUGAUAUUCUCAUUGCUGCCGUCUGGGAUGCCUUCUUCCGCACUUUUGCUGAGCGCACUGACCUCACCAUCUUCAGUGAAGGUCAUGGUCGUGAAGCAUGGAACGAUUCCAUUGAUCUGGCCAAGACGGUGGGCUGGUUCACCACCAUCAGUCCCCUACACAUGGCUGCCGCUUCCAAACCAGCUGAACUUAUUCGCGCUGUCAAGGAUGCUCGCCGCUUCCUCCCCGCCAACGGUUUCUCUUACUUUGCUUCGCGAUAUCUGAGCGAUGCCGGUAAGAAGGCAUUCCAGGAGGACACUGACGCAGCCGCCAUGGAAGUUGUCUUCAACUACCACGGCCAGUUCCAGCAGUUUGAAAACCAAGAUGCCGUCUUCCUUCCUGUCGAUCUGGGCAUUGCAGAAGUCGGCCCCCAAUUGCCCGCGUCUUCCCUCUUUGGCAUCGAAGUCUCCAUUGAGGCGGGUAUCACCAAGUUUGAGUUCUCGGCCAACAAGCACAUUGCGCACCAGGACCGCAUUGAGCAGUGGGCAUUGACCAUUAAGACUUCGCUAGAGGGUAUCUGCGCAGAGCUUGCCUCUAACCAGAAGCCAUCUCGCACUCUUCAUGACCACCUCUAUCUUGGUCUUGACUACACUACCCUCGAUACCCUCGAGACAAGCAUCCUCCCAUCUAUUGAGGCCCUCAACAAGACUACUGUCGAGGCUGUCCUCCCACCCAACCCUACCGUCGAUGGCAUCCUCAUCAGUCAAUUGAAAGAGCCUGAGUCUUACAAGACUGUCCAGUACUACGAGCUCUCUGCCCCCAAAAUUGACAUCUCGCAGCUUGUAUCUGCCUGGGAAGCUGUUGUUGCUGCCCAGCCUGCCCUCCGCAGUGUCUUCACGCCCAGUCUCGACACCAACACGUCCUUCUACCAAGUCGUCCUUGCUUCUCACAAGCCCGAGGUCGUCAUUGUCCAUGCAUCUUCGCCUGAUGAAACACAAACGAUCAAAGCUCUCCCCAGCGUCAGCUACUCGGAAGCCACGCCUCCUCACCGAGUAGCCCUCUGCCAAAUCGACGACUCCCGCGUCCUCUGCUGCAUCGACAUGAGCCACGCCAUCACGGACGGUACAUCCAACGGCAUCAUCGCCCAGAACUGGAUCGACGCCUACAACGGCUCGCCCAUCACGAGCAUCAACCUGCUCGACACCAUGACCAGCUUUGCUGCGCACUUACACGCCAACCCGGCUGCCCAGAAACUGUCUUAUUGGUCGUCCAAGCUCGCGGAUGCAAAGCCCUGCGCGUUCCCCGAACUCAACAACCAAGGCCAAGCAAAGUCGUAUUCUGUUGUCGAAGCCACUGUCCAGGGAGCUGCCCUCUCUUCCAUCCAGGUUGCUUCCGCCAAGUUGUCCGUCACGCCUGCUAGCAUUGUACAGAGCGCAUGGGCUCUUACCCUCGCAACAUACCUGGGAACAUCCAGUGUCUCGUUUGGAUAUCUUGCAUCUGGUCGCGAUCUCGACAUUGUUGGCCUAGACGACUCUAUUGGCGCCUACACCAACAUGCUUGUCUGCCAUGCCGACAUUGACUACCAGCAACCUGGAUCCCAGCUGGCCCAGAGCAUGUACAACCAGAUUCUUGAGGACCUCAAGUACCAGCACUCGUCUCUUGCUGCCAUCCAGAAUGCUCUUGGCCUCACCAACGGCCAGAGCCUCUUCAACACCAUCAUGUCUUUCCAGAUGCAGGAUGGCGUCGUGGGCGAUUCCAAGGGCCUUGUGAUGAAGACACUCGAGGGCGACGAUCCCACUGAAUACGAUGUCGUGGUGAAUGUAGGCUACAGCACUGAGAGCAUCCAUCUCUUGAUCGACUACUCUACUCUGACUCUGUCCAAGGAGCAGGCAGAGCGCAUGGCGUCCCUGUUUAGCUCGCUUAUGACGGCGAUGCUCGCACCGACAGCUCUCUCUCGUGCCCAAGCCGUCAGUGACGGCGACAUGAAGCAGAUUCAAGUAUGGAACGCUACUGUUCCUGUCACUAAGAAUGUCCCUGUCCACGAACUCAUCCAAGAGAGAGUCCAUAGACAGCCUAACGCCCUAGCUAUUGACGCCUGGGACGGACAAUGGACAUAUGCUGAGCUCGAUGCCAUCACGACCAAGCUUGCCGCACAUCUUGUAAGCCUGGGUGCGCAAAACACUAUUAUUCCCGCCGUCUUUGAGAAGAGCAAGUGGACGCCUGUUGUCAUGAUUUCCGUGAUGAAGGCUGGCGCUGCUACUGUUCUCGUCGACCCCAACCAGCCACUUGACAGGCUCCGCGCUAUUGUUCAGCAGGUUGAUCCUGUGAUUGUGCUUUCGUCUGCUUCCAACCAUGGCAUUGCAGCACAACUUGGCAUCGCCAAUGUCCUUGCUGUGAACAGUACCCUCUUUGAGAGCGCCCUUGCCAAUGCCACUCUGCCUUCUGUGAACCCGUCCAGUCCCAUCUAUCUUGUUUUCACCUCGGGCAGCACUGGUCUUCCCAAGGGUGUCGUGGUGACGCACUCCAACAUCUCAAGUGCCAUUAAACACCAGCGCUCUGCUCUUGCGGUAGACGCCUCGUCUCGCGUCUACGACUAUUCGUCUUACAUGUUUGACGUCGUCUGGUGCAACUUGCUCCAGGGCCUCACUGCCGGAUCUUGCAUCUGCAUUCCCACCGACGAAGACCGCAAGACCAACCUGGUCGACAGUAUCACCUCGUUUGCCGCCGACACGGUCAUUAUGACUCCGUCUGCUGUUCGAGGAUUGGACAUUGCCAAACUCACAACCCUCAAGAACUUGCACUUUAUUGGUGAGGCUCUCCGCACCGAAAUCUUCAACGACUUACCCGCGACCGUCACCGUCACCAACCUCUACGGUCCUACCGAGUGUACCACGUACAGCACUUGUCAGCGUGUUGCCCCUGGAGCAUCAGGAUCUGUUAGCAUUGGUCUUGGAUCCGGUACGACAGCUUGGAUUGUGCAUCCUGACCAUGGCGAUGCGCUUGUUCCCGUGGGUGCCAUUGGUGAGCUUUGCAUUGAAGGACCCCUUGUGGCUACAGGUUACCUUGGCGAUGCGGAAAAGACAAAUGCAGUAUUUGUCGAGAACCCAACCUGGUUGCCUCGGUCUGGAAGAAUCUACAAGACGGGUGACUUGGUCAGCUACAAUGCUGAUGGCAGCUUGACCUUUAUGGGACGCAAGGAUGCCCAAGUCAAACUCAAUGGUCAACGUGUUGAGCUGGGUGAGAUUGAGUAUCACGUUCAAGAAGCACUCAGUGACGAGGAUCAUAGCUUCCAAGUCAUUGCCGAAGUGAUUACUCCCGACGGCGGCAGCCCCAUGCUUGUGGCGUUUGUCUCUCCCCCAGACGACAAGGUCUCGUCAAGAACAGAAGAUGACCUCAACACACUUGUCCAGAGCAAGUCCAGCAAGCUUGAUGGCCAGCUUGCCUCCAUCCUCCCGCCUCACAUGAUUCCCGCGGCCUAUGUGGCCGUCAUGGGCAUUCCCAAGACACCCUCGGGCAAGACGGACCGCAAGGUUCUCCGUGCUCAAGGCAAGACUAUGUCCUUCUCUCCUGCGGCUUCAUCUGAAAAGAAACAGCCAACCACGUCCUCUCAGCGUGUGAUGCAAGCUCUCUGGGCUGCUGUUCUCUCUCAGCCGGUAGAGAACCUUGGUCUUGACGAUAGUUUCCUGCGUGUAGGCGGCGACUCUAUUACUGCCAUGAAGCUCGUCGGAAAGGCACGCGAGCAGGGCAUCAGUCUGUCUGUGGCCGAUGUGUUUGCCAACCCGCGCCUUGAAGAUAUGGCUCUCAAGGCUGGCGAUGUCGAGAUUGAAGUAGAAGAGGAUAUUGCACAGUUUUCCAUGGUUUCGUCUGGUAACCUAGAUCAGGCGAUUGAGUCUGCCGCUUCCCAGUGCAGCGUAGACAAGAACCAAAUUGUCGACAUGUACCCAUGCACUGCUCUGCAAGAAGGCAUGAUGGCACUUACUAUCAAACGCCCUGGCGACUAUGUGCUGCGCUGCGUCUUUGAACUCAAGGAUUCCGUCGACAUCACUACGCUUCGCCAGUCGUGGAAUGCUCUCGUCGCAGCCUCCCCUGUUCUACGCACUCGCAUUGUCGAUCUCGCUGGCCAUCUUUCUCAAGUUGUCGUCGAUGAAUCUUCCCACUGGCUCCAAGACCGUCUCAUCGCCAACCUUGACGAGAUUCACGAACCAGAAUCCCCUGUUAUCAUGGAACUCGGCACGCCUCUUCUCAUCUCUCAGAUGGUCACCAACACGGCCGACAACAAACACUUCCUCGUGGCCACUCUCCACCACGCUAUCUACGACGGAUGGUCCCUCAACCUCGUCUUUGACCAUCUCGAGAAGAUGUAUCUCGGUCAGACAUCAUUCACAUGGCCUGCCGACUUCCGCCAACUCGUCAAGCACACCGCCAGUAUUGACAAGAGCGAAGCCAAGUCCUUCUGGUCGAAGCAGUUUGCCGGCUCCGAAGCUGCUGCUUUCCCAGCCCUCCCUACUCCCAUGUACGAACCUGUGCCUCGUGAUAUCCUCACACACUCCAUCGACAGCAUCUCGUGGCCAUCCAAUGGCAUCACUCCUUCUACACUUGUCCGCGGCGCCAUUUCCAUCCUAGUCUCCAAGUACACCGACACAAGAGACGUCAUCUACGGUGUAACCUCUUCUGGCCGUCAAGCCGCUAUCCCAGGUAUCGAGAACAUGGUCGGUCCCGCCAUUGCCACCGUUCCGUUCCGCGCUGCUUUCCAAGCCGACGACAAUCUACAGCAGUUCUUGUCCUCUGUUCAGCAGAAUACCAUGGAAAUGACACGCUAUGAGCAAACCGGUCUCCAGCACAUCCGCAAGGCAAGCUCUGAUGCCGACAAGGCGUGCCAGUUCCAGCUUCUCGUCAUUGUCCAGCCUGCCGAUGAGGCCAGCGACUGGAACAGCGCCAUAAUCGAGCGAGAUGUUGUGGGCGCAGGUGUCCAAGAGCUGGAUACGUAUGCCCUUACACUCGAGUGCCAGCUUGGCGCCGACAAUCUCAAGAUCAAGGCCAGCUUUGACUCCUCCGUCAUUAGCACGCACCAGACACAGCGCUUUGCUCAUCAGCUGGAGCACAUUCUUCUUCAACUCUGCCAGCCAGCCUCGCAAGAUCUCAAAAUGGACCAAGUCAGCGCUACAAGCACCCAAGACCUUGACGACAUGUGGGCAUGGAACGAGACUGUUCCCGAAGCCGUCGACGCCGCCGUUCACGAUCUUAUCCACCAAAGAGCCCUCGAACAACCAGAUGCUCCAGCCGUAUGUGCCUGGGACGGCGACUUCACUUACAAGGAAAUGGACACGCUUUCUACGCAGCUUGCCCACCGUCUUAUCGCUGCCGGCAUCACAUCCAACAGCACCAUUCCGCUCUUCUUUGAAAAGUCCAAGUGGACACCAAUUGCCAUGAUUGCCGCCAACAAGGCUGGUGCCUCUGCUGUCGCCGUCGACUGUGGCCAGCCCGACGACAGACUCUUGUCCAUCAUCAGCCAGGUCGAAGCUCCCCUGAUCCUGUGCUCUUCGUCCAAGCAGCCUAUCGCCCAGCGCCUCGUCUCUCUCCCUACCAUUGUCGUCGACGAGUCUGCAUUUACAUCUGCAAUUACACCCACGCAGCCUCUCCCCAAGGUCGACCCAUCCAGCAAGCUCUACAUCGUCUUCACUUCUGGCAGCACAGGCACACCCAAGGGCGUCAUGAUUACACACCGUAACAUGGCCAGCGCUAUCAAACACCAAAAGAUCAUCCAGUGCAUGCACAACAAGUCUCGUGUCUUUGAUUUUGCCUCGUACGCCUUUGACGUGGCGUGGGCAAACACCAUGUGCUCGUUUGAAGUCGGUGCCUGUCUGUGUAUCCCGUCUGAUGCUGACCGCAAGGACGAUCUCUCUGGCGCUGUUCUCCGACUUAGAGCUACGCACGCUGACUUGACGCCUUCUGCAGCGCUGGUUCUCUCCACAGAGGCCUUGAAGCAACUCGACACUCUGACUCUUGGUGGUGAGCGUCUUACCCUUGACAAUGCUGCCAAAUGGGCUGAACACACUAUUGUCAAGAACUCGUACGGCCCUAGCGAGUGUACGCCUAGUGCUACCUUUUCCGAUGAGAUUCGCUGCGCCGACGACUUUAAUGGAACUAUAGGCAAGGGUUCGGGUAUGCUUACAUGGAUUGUCGAUGCCGAGACGGGUUCUUCACUUGUUCCUAUUGGUGCUAUUGGUGAACUCUGGCUCGAAGGUCCCUGUGUGGGCAAUGGCUACCUCAACGAUCCUGUCAAGACAGCAAAGGCCUUUGUCACGGAUCCAGCAUGGCUUGCAAAGGGUCACAAGGGUGUCUCUGGCCGUCAGGGCCGUCUUUACAAGACUGGUGAUCUCGUCCGCUACAACAUGGACGGCAGUAUCGACUUUAUUGGCCGCAAAGACGCACAAGUCAAGAUCAACGGACAGAGAGUUGAGCUUACCGAGAUUGAAACACACAUUACUUCGCAUCCCGAUGUUUUCCAGGCCGCCUGCUUCUGGGUGACCAGUGGCCCAUGUGCCCGCCGUCUUGUGUGUGCACUGAGUAUCCGCUCUCUACGCCGUGGCGAUGUCAUCGGAACAGCAAUCACACUGCCCUCUGAAGAGGAAACACCCCAAUUUGACAGUUUCCUUGAAGAUAUUAAGGCUCAGCUUAAGAUUGCUGUCCCGUCCUAUAUGGUCCCAGCCAUCUGGAUCCCCAUGUUUGAUCUCCCACAAACUGCAUCUGGUAAGAUGAACGGCAAAGCUCUCAAAGAUUGGCUGGUAAGCAUGGAUGAAGCUACACAUGCCCGUAUCAAGAGCGAUGCGCAGACGGGAACAGCCCGUGCCGCAGAGACAGAGACGGAAGAAGUUCUCUGUGAGGCUUGCAGCACCAUUCUCAACAUCCCAGCGGCCCAAGUCAACCUGGAAGCCUCGUUUAUUGCCAACGGCGGUGACUCCAUCACGGCCAUGCAGAUUGCUUCUGCUUGUCGAGCAAAGGGCCUCGCUGUUUCCGUGGCACAGCUUCUGCGCGCAAAGACGCUCGCCGAGUUUGCUGAAACUUCCUCUCAGGCAGCAGCACCAGCGAUGAGCUACACUGAAGAAUACAACAAGCUGUUUAGCCUGUCGCCCAUUCAGCAGUGGUACUUUGGCCUGGAUCUUGACAAGAAUGCCACGGACCAGCAGUACAACCAGGGCUUCUAUCUGAAGCUGAGCAAGCCUCAAUCAACAAGCAAGGUACAAGCUGCUCUGAACAAGAUUGUCGAUGCUCACUCCAUGCUUCGUGCACGAUUCGAGCAAACGACAGAUGGAUGGAUGCAAAAGGUUCUUCCUCCUAGCGACAAGGACAAGUCCAGCCCUCUCUACCACUUUGAGGCUGCCACUCUCCAAGAUGUCGCCCAAGUUGAGAAGCUCGCCAAGGAGCGCCAACACUCGCUCGACAUCACCAAUGGGCCUCUCUUCUCAGCAGACCUAUGCACGACCUCAUCUGACGAGCAGUACUUGAUUCUCAUGGCCCACCAUAUCAUCAUUGAUCUUGUCUCAUGGCGUAUCAUCAUGGAUGAUCUCGAGACACUCCUCACCACAGAUAACAAGCUCAUCGGCAGCUUGCCCUUCCAGCUCUGGGCAAAGAUGCAGGUCGACCGUGCCUCUACUCUCCACCCAGACCGUGUCCUGUCAACUACCAACACGGCCACCAACACCUCCUUCUGGGGCUUUGUACCUGGGACCACGCCCAAUAAGCGCGGCGAUCACGAAUGCCUCACCGUCACAGCCGACGAGAAGACCACUCUUCUCCUUCUCAACGAGGCCAAUCGUGUACUCAACACGGAACCUCUUGAGCUGCUUCUCGCUGCUGCAUGGCACGCUUUCCUCGCUGCUUUCCCCAUGCGCAGUGACGGCCUCACCAUCUUCAACGAAGCACACGGCCGCGAACCGUGGUCUGAUGACUUGGAUAUUUCCAAGACGGUCGGCUGGUUCACUACUAUGGCUCCUAUCCACAUUGGCCAAUCUGCUGCGGAGAGUGUCCUCGAUCUUGUGCGCCAUGUCAAGGACGCUCGUCGCCAGAUGCCAGCCAACGGUUGGAACUACUUUGCCUCGCGAUACUUGCAUCCCGAGGGCAUCGAGGCGUUCAAGGCCCACGAUGUCAUGGAAGUCCUGUUCAACUACCAUGGCCAGUUCCACCAGCUGGACAAGGAGGACGCCUUCUUCCAAGACAUGUCGUUUGACUCUGUUGUCGAGCAGGGACUUGGCAUGCCUGAAUCGUCACUAUUCGGCUUUGAAGUGUCGAUUGAGAACAACAAGACCGAGUUUGCCAUCUCUUACAACAAGCAUCUCUCUCACCAGGAUGAAAUCCGCACCUGGAUGACGCAGAUUGGUACUUCUCUCCAGACAAUCUGCAACGAACUCGUCGCCAUGCCCAAGACAAACACGCUCGUAGACUACGAGUUCCUGCGACUAGACUACGCUGGCCUUGACAAGCUUGAGCAGCAAAUAUUGCCUUCUCUCCCCAGCGGUAUUGAUGAUGUCUACCCUUGCAAGCCUACCGUGGACGGUAUCCUGCUCAGUCAGAUUAAGGACCCGGAAGCCUACAAGACGAUGCAAAUCUACAACACCACACACACUUCCACUCUGGACAUCGCCAGACUCUCGGAAGCAUGGAACCAGGUUGUGGCCAGACAGCCUGCUCUCCGCACCGUCUUCAUCGCCGGCCUCGACGACCAAGCUGCCUUCAACCAGGUGAUUCUGACUUCUCACACUGCCGACAUCAUCACCCUCGAAGCCAGCGAUGAAGUGUCUGCUCUCGCCAAGAUGGAUGCCGUCCCAGCUACAAACUACCAGGACCAGCGCCCUCCUCACCGCAUCACCAUCUGCUCUACAUCGCCCACCUCAGCCAUCUGCAAGCUUGAAAUGAGCCACGCCAUCACCGACGGCUUCUCCUCGUCUCUUGUCAUUGACGAAUGGAUCGCCGCCUACUCGUCUUCCCUCAGCACCACCAACCUCCUCGAGUCUACUCGCGACUUCAACCGUGUCUGGGCAGACAAGCCUACCGCUGAGCGCCUCAGUUUCUGGACCACCAAGCUCAGCGGCAUGGAGCCCAGCCACUUCCCUCGCCUUACUGAGUCUCCUACCAAGGAGACUGGCAACAUGGUGCUCAAUAUCCAAGGCGACCUCCUAGCAGCCUUUAAUGCCCGCUGUGCCGAACUCUCUGUGACGGCAUCUAGUGUCGUCAUGGCGGCAUGGGCACUUACACUCUCUGCAUACGCUGGCCUCAACUCCGUUGCCUUUGGAUACCUUGCUUCUGGCCGUGAUCUUCCCAUUACUGGCCUGGAUGAGUGUGUUGGCGCUUUUGCCAACAUGAUGAUUCUUAGAGCCGAUGCUGUCCGCGAGCAAUCCGACAAUGUGGCCUUCCUCCACGACAUCCACAGCCAAGUCAUGCAGGAUCUUUCCUACCAGCACUGCUCUCUCGCCAGUAUCCAGCAUGAGCUUGGCCUCGGCCCGAACCAGACGCUCUUCAACUCCAUCAUGUCGUUCCAGCGUGUAUCUGACGACGAUGACGAAGAUGAGUCUGCCACCGAACUCACCUUUAAGAACAUGGACGGUCUUGACCCUACUGAAUACGAUAUUGUCCUUGGUGUCUCUGCUGGCUUCAAGCUUCUCGAGAUUGAACUCGACUACUCCACCCAGCAUCUCACUGAUGACCAAGCCACCCGUGUUCUCUCCCUCCUCGAGGCCUCGAUUACCCGCCUCAUCAGCACAGCCAACACGCCUGCUAGCUUCGUCAGUCCCGAAGAUGCUUCCACCAUUUGGUCCUGGAACGCUUUUGUGCCCGAGACCAUCCACCGCGCCGUCCACGACAUGAUAUCCGACACUGUCGCCAAGCAGCCCUCUGCCACGGCUAUCUGUGCAUGGGACGGCAACUGGACAUACCAGGAACUCGAAGACAAGUCCACGCUUCUCGCGCACAAACUCCUUGAUCUCGGUAUCUCCAGUAACUCCAUUGUGCCAUUGUGCUUUGAAAAGUCUCGCUGGACGCCCCUCGCCACGCUUGCUGUCAUGAAAGCUGGUGCUUGCGCAGUCACUCUCGACUCAAGCCAACCAGUAGAUCGUCUACGCACCAUUGUGGAGCAAGUCAGCGCCCCUAUCAUCCUUACAUCACCCACCAACGAGUCACUAGCCAACUCCAUCUCGUCGUCUGUCCUCGUCGUCAACGACAUCAUCUUCACCAUCCCUCGCACUGCAAAGCCCCUUCCUCCCGUCGACCCUGCCAGCAAGCUCUAUCUCAACUUCACCUCUGGCACGACCGGUACACCCAAGGGCGUCAUUGUUACGCACGCCAACUAUGCCAGCGCCAUUGUCCACCAGCAAGCCCAGCAUCUCUUUAAGCACCACUCGCGAGUCUUUGACUUUGCAUCCUACGCGUUUGAUGUCAGCUGGUCCAACUUGCUUCACACCCUCACCAUUGGCGCUGUCCUCUGUAUCCCAUCCGACGCUGACCGUAAAGACGACCUCGCCGGCUCUAUCGAACGUCUCGGAGCCACUCAUGCUGAUCUGACUCCCUCCGCAGCAAGCACGCUUCCUCUCGAGACCUUCUCCAAGCUCGAAACCGUCGUUCUCGGCGGCGAGAAGCUCUCUCCAGACUUCGCCAAGUCGUGGUCUACACUAGUCAACCUGAUCAACCCUUACGGUCCUAGUGAAUGCACACCCACAGCCACCCUCGUCAAGGUCGAUCCCAAUGCGCCCUUCUCUGGCUCCAUUGGUCACGGCAUCGGUCUCAACACCUGGAUCGUCGAUGCUAUUACCGGUGAAUCCCUUGUUCCCGUCGGCACCGUCGGCGAACUGCUCCUUGAAGGUCCCCUUGUUGGCGACGGGUACUUGAACAAUCCCGACAAGACGUCCGCUGCCUUUAUCGAGGACCCAGCCUGGCUUACACGCGGUGGUCCGUCGCACGCAGGCCGAUCUGGCCGUCUCUACAAGACCGGCGAUCUCGUCAAGUACGCACCAGACGGUUCGCUUAUCUUCAUCGGCCGCAAAGACAACCAGGUCAAGAUUAACGGCCAGCGUGUGGAAAUGGGUGACAUUGAGCACCACGUCCAGAGCUGUCUCAGUGUGGACAGCAUGCAGACUAUCGUGGAGCUCAUCCAGCCCGAAAACGUCGCCCAAAAGGUCCUUGUUGCCUUUAUUUCCACCACAACUAGCCUGUCCAGCUCCGAUCUCACCAUCGACAACCACCUGAGUGAAACAGUCAAGACGGCCACCGCUGGUAUCCGUGACCGCCUUGCUGCCGUCAUCCCAUCCUACAUGAUCCCCUCGGCCUACAUUGCGCUCAAGGCCCUGCCCAUUGCCACCACCGGCAAGACGGACCGCAAGCGUCUCCGCGAAUUCGGAUCUUCACUUACAUGGGACCAGCUCGGCGAUUCUUCGUCUCAGAGCGAGUUUGUGGAGCCUCAAACCCCAAAUGAGCGCACUCUCCGCGAUCUCUGGGCCUCGGUCCUCCACGGUAUCAAGGAAGAGCGCAUCGGUGCCAACGACAGCUUCCUCAAGAUUGGCGGCGACUCCAUUGGCGCCAUGAGACUCGUCACAGCAGCCCGUGGUGCCGGCUUCCAACUUUCCGUUGCCGAUAUCCUCCGCUCACCGAAACUCAGCGACAUGGCAACCUUCCUACACACCCUCGACCGCGAUGUCUCUGCCAAACCUUACGAGCCAUUCUCGCUCGUCUCCUCUUCAGCCGACAUGCUCCGCGCCGCUGAAGCCUACAACAUCGACCCCUCCACCAUCACCGACAUCAUGCCCGUCACAGGCCACCAAUCCCGCCUCAUCUCCAUGACUUACACGUCAGCACGUACCCUCCUCAUCUACCACACUCUCGACGGCACCGGCGCCCCCAACAUGGACCGCAUGCGCCUUGCCGUCCGCACCCUCGUCGCGCGCUACGACAUGCUCCGCACCGUCUUCUUCGGCCACGGUGAUGCCUUCUACCAAGCCGUCCUUUCUACCGACGACAUCACCGUCCCUCUCUACUCCUCUGCCGACUCUCUCGACAUCAUCACCGAGAAGAUCCGCCUCGGCGACAACACCCAGCCGCUCCGCUACGGCGCGCUUCUUACCGCCUUCUCCGUCAUCCACAGCACCAAGUCCAACACAUGGCGCAUCGUCGCGCGCCUCUCGCACGCCCAGCACGAUGGCAUGUCCAUGGCCAAGAUGUGGUCUGCCUUUGAAGACGUAUACAACAGCACCUCAACCUCCCCCAUCAGCAUAGUCCGCGGCCCCGGCAGCUUCUCCAACUACAUGCACUCGCUCUCGCAGACCGACAAGCCCGCCGCCCGCGCAUACUGGCGCUCUCUGCUCGCCGGGUCCUCAAUGACAACUCUAAAGCCGCGCGCCUCACUCACCGUCAGCUACGGCGAAGGCCCAUUCCUCGUCCGAGAGAUCCCGCACGCCCAGCUGCCCGCCUCCGACACCACCUUCUCGACAAUCCUCCGCGCCGCAUGGGCCUAUGUGCUCUCUCAACAGACACAAACCUCCGACGUUGUCUUUAGCUGCCUCACCCACGGCCGCAGUAUCCCCAACGCCCAAGACGUCUUUGGCGCCUGCGUCAACGUGGUGCCCACCCGCAUGCAAAUCCAACCAGGCUGGGCCCCCAAGGAUCUCAUCUCCGCCAUCAAGGCCCAGAAUUUGUCUAGUAUGGACCACGAGCACCUCGGGUCGCGCGACAUUAUCCGCGAGUGCACAAGCUGGCCCAAGUGGACAUAUGCCGGCUCAGUCGUCUACUACCAUAACCUCGACGACGGGGAAGAAAAGGCCGAGCGCAGCAUGCACGACGACGACGACGGCUCUUCCCAGCCCGAUGUCGACAACACAGAUCUCCACAUCACAGCCAAACCCUCCAAGAGUGGUAUCCGUAUUGAAUUCGGCUUCGCUGCCGACGUCAUGUCCGACGCUGCAGCCGAGCAUCUCGCCGACACACUUGUCCGCACCAUCCUCGCCUUCUACAGCAACCCCGAAGAAUCGCUUCUUGCUGUUUCCCCCACCCAGCCCAAACCUCACGCCGCUGAUGCCGUUCACACAAAGGUCGUCAGCCACGAUCCUGCCAUGAAGGCCGCCGUCACAGCCGCAUGGCAGGCCGUCUUCCCCGGCACCGCGUUCCACUCAUACCAGACCAUCUUUGAUCUGGGCGCCGACAUCUCGUCGGUUGCGCUCCUCUGCGCACACUUGCAAACGCUUGGCCAUGAAAUCUCGAUCGAGCAGGUCCUCGAGAAUCCCACGCGAGAAGGCCAAGCUGCUGCGCUGCUUUCACUUACACGGGCCACCACGCCGGGCUCAUUGCCUAAUUGGGAAAAGCAGCAAGGCACACCCAAAAAUAGAGGUUGUUUUCCUUUGGCGUUUAUUUUGGAAAAGUUAAAUUUGGUCUAGCGUGUUUUCCUUUUAUUUUCAUAUUUUAGCGAGUUUUAUUUUUUAUUUUUCCGUCUUUUAUGAAUAGAUUUCCUUGACUACUUU